AUGUUGUCGUAAUAAUUUUACUAUGACGUAUUUAAGAUAGUCCAACAAAUGUCUGCCAAUUAGAUUAUCACCACCAAUGAAAAGGAAAAUUUAAAAAGUCUCAUUUCAACUAUAUAUUUUUAGAUAUAAUAAUAAAUCAUGAUUCAAAGUUUGUACAAACCCUUGAUACUAUUUAUAAAUCAGAUGAAAAUGAAAAGUUUGACAAAAUUGCUGCUGAAAUCAAAUUAUAUAUUAAGUCUAUGAGAUCGAGAAAACCAAAAUAUUUGAAAAACAAAUAAAUGCGUGAUAUUACUGACGAAACAGAAAAAAAUAUUUAUGAUGAUAUUAUAGCAGAAGUCUCUUCAGAUAGUGAUUCUAUUUCUUGA